AUGGCGGCCCCCGGAGAUCGCCGAAAGUCAGUUCUCAUCACAGGAUGCUCACCCGGCGGUAUUGGAAACUCCCUAGCACGCGAAUUCUAUCGCCAUGGUCUACGCGUCUUUGCAACUGCACGCGAUGCCCAGCACAUUCAAGAUCUGGAUGCGAUUGGCAUCGAGACGCUGAGCUUGGUAGUUGAUUCGGAGGAGAGUAUCAAGGCUUGUUUCGAAGAGGUUUCUAAGAGAUUGGAUACGAAGGGGUUGGAUUACUUGGUCAACAAUGCAGGACGAAACUACACCGUGCCGGCUAUGGAUGUGAACAUCGAGGAAGCGCGAUUAACAUUCGAAACGAACUUUUUCUCGGUGAUUCGAAUGUGUCAGACCUUCCUACCACUACUCAUAAAAUCGAAAGGAACUAUUGUGCAGGUUGGAUCUGUGGCUGGCAUAAUACCGUACGUCUUCGGCUCCGUCUACAAUGCGUCCAAGGCCGCUCUUCACUCUUGGAGUGAUACACUACGAAUCGAGCUCGCUCCUUUUGGUGUCAAGGUAACGACCGUCAUCACCGGUGGUGUCAAAUCCCGUAUAGCACGUACCGACCGCUCCCUCCCUCCCAAUUCUCUCUACCGUCCGAUCGACCCCGAAUACCAACGACGCACCAAACACAGCCAAGAAGGCGCAAUGCCGCACGAAGAAAUGUUCAGAUUCGCGCGAAGCAGGUCGAUCGCGACGGCUCUGAGAGCCACGGUUGAGCCAUCUCUUCAGACCAGAUUUGCUGCGCAACAAAAGAGACACCUUUCUAUCCACGAAUACCUCUCUGCAGAUCUCCUGAAAUCUUACGGCGUCGGUGUCCCCAAAGGCCAUGUCGCCCGCACUCCUGAAGAAGCCGAGGCUGUUGCAAAGUCAAUUGGUGGAGAUGACAUGGUCAUCAAGGCUCAGGUUCUUGCCGGUGGUCGUGGAAAGGGUACCUUUGACAACGGCUUGAAGGGAGGUGUUCGUGUCAUCUACUCCCCCACCGAAGCCAAGAUGUUCGCCGAACAGAUGAUCGGACACAAGUUGAUCACAAAACAAACCGGUGCCGCCGGCCGUCUCUGCAACGCCGUCUACAUUGUCGAGCGCAAGUUCGCCCGCCGCGAAUUCUACCUUGCCAUCCUCAUGGACCGUCAGACUCAAUCCCCCGUCAUCGUGUCCUCCUCCCAGGGUGGUAUGGACAUCGAGACCGUCGCCAAGGAGACUCCUGAUGCUAUCCGCACUACCCCCAUUGAUAUCAACACCGGUGUCACUGACGAGAUUGCCCGUAGCAUUGCUACCGACUUGGGCUUCUCUGCUCAAUGCGUUGAGGACGCCAAGACCGCCAUCCAGAACCUCUACAAGGUCUUCCUUGAGAAAGAUGCUACCCAGAUUGAGAUCAACCCUCUUACCGAGACUUCUGACCACCAGGUCCUUGCCAUGGAUGCUAAGCUCGGAUUUGACGACAACGCCGAGUUCAGACAGAAGGAGGUCUUUUCAUGGCGCGAUACUACCCAGGAGGAUGCCGAUGAGGUCAAGGCUGCUGAACACGGUUUGAACUUCAUCAAGCUUGACGGUGAUAUUGGAUGUUUGGUCAACGGUGCUGGUCUCGCCAUGGCCACUAUGGACAUCAUCAAGCUCAACGGUGGCAGCCCCGCCAAUUUCUUGGACGUUGGUGGUGGUGCUACCCCUGCUGCCAUCAAGUCUGCUUUUGAUUUGAUCACCAGCGACCCCAAGGUCACCGCCAUCUUUGUCAACAUCUUCGGUGGUAUCGUCCGCUGUGACGCCAUUGCCCAGGGUCUUAUCAACGUCGUUCGAGACAUGGGUCUCCGUACUCCCGUCAUUGCCCGUCUCCAGGGUACCAACAUGGAGCAAGCCCGCAAGCUGCUCGACGAAUCCAACCUUAAAAUCUUCUGUAUCGAAGACCUCCAGAGCGCCGCCGAGAAGUCCGUCCAAUUCUCAAAGGUCGUCAAGAUGGCUCGCGAUAUUGACGUGGGCGUCGAAUUUACUCUCGGUAUCUAA